UCAGAUUCCAUACCCAUUACUCAAACGCCUUCUCUUCUCUUUCUAUUCUCUUACUCCUACCGUUCCUUAAAAAUACUUUCUUUCUUUAUUUAUUUUUAUCUUCUCUCUGUAAAAGAAAAAAUAAAAAUAAAAAGUUAAAUUUCUGUUUAUUCUUUUUUCUCUCUCCUCUGAAACUCAAUACACUCUUCUCAAGGAUCCUCUGGACUGGUGUGCUGCUACUCUGAAAUCCAAGCAAAUCAUCGUAUACCCUUUUAACUAGAUUUCACUUCUGGGAAAUUCUGGCUGUUUCCUGUGAAGAUUGGACCUUUAAGUUUAUAUGUUUUUGUUGCAAAUUGAUUCACUCCACUGGGUUUCGGUUCCUCUAUUUGAGGUAGAAGAUUAUGUCCAUAUCAUGUAAGAAGAGGUGCAUUUAACGGUGAGGUUUUGGAAAAUGGGGGUCUCGAGCUCUAGAAUAGAGGAAGACAAAGCUCUGCAGCUAUGUCGCGAAAGGAAGAAAUUUGUAAGGCAAGCACUUGAUGGCAGGUGUUCAUUAGCAGCAGCACAUGUUACAUAUAUUCAGUCGCUAAGGAACACUGGUGUGGCUAUUAGAAAAUUUGUUCAACCUGAAGCUCAAGUUGAAUCUUCGUUGUACACAUCAACUACUGCAACACCAGAGCCUCUUGCUCUAACCGAGAAGACACUUUCUCAAUUCUCAUUUUCUUCUCCAUCUGUGUCGCAACGUGUAGAUGCAACUGAAAUAUUGUCGACUCCUUCUCCUCCUAACUCUUCUCGAUUUCAGGCAAAUCACAUGAAAUUCAGGGGUGGUACUUCCAAAAAGGUUGAAGAAAAACCUUCUUUGCCAGUUGUGGGUACAGUAACUUCAUCAAGUACCCCACAAAAUACUACUCCUCAUUCCACUGAUAGGCCUGAAAUCUCACCAUUUGAAGAUCCUCCUCUCCCACCUGGAGCUCAACCAUGGGAUUACUUUGGUCUUUUCCAUCCAAUUGAUCAUGAUUUUUCUUUCCAAGAAGGCAUGGGCAAGGGUAUGAGCCAAGGAUUUGAAAAUGUGGAUGAUAUAAGACGGCUUAGGGAAGAAGAGGGAAUUCCUGAUCUAGAAGAUGAAGAAGAAAAGGUUUCUACUCAUGGGGAGGAAGAAUCUCAGGAUUCUGACGAUGAAUUUGAGGAGCCUUCCACUGAUACUUUGGUCCGAAGUUUUAAAAAUCUUAAUAGAGUAGAUGAUCAUGGUGAAGCGAAUGUUUCACCUACCCUGCCUCCAGCAGGAAAUGUCGCUUCAGAAUCUGAGUUCUUGAAUGGGGAAAAAAGCAAAUCUCCUGAUCUGUCUCCAUUAAGAGCCACAACCUCAGUAGUUGCCGUGCAGGCUGACAAAAAUAAGACAGAAGUAAAAGAUGAUUGCAUAGAAACCAAGAUUGCCCCUAAAGAUUUCUUUUCAAGCAUUAAAGAUAUUGAAUUUCUAUUUAUAAAAGCUUCUGAAUCUGGAAAAGAAGUUCCAAGAAUGCUUGAAGCAAAUAAGUUGCAUUUCCGUCCAAUAAUCCCACCUAAAGAAAGUGGGUCUAUGGCAUCUACGUUUUUGAAGGCCUGCUUCUCUUGUGGGGAUGAUCCAAGUCAGUUUCAAGAAGAGGCUGCUCAAACUUCGAUAAAGUACUUGACCUGGCAUAGGACGACAUCAUCUAGAUCAUCUUCAUCUAGGAAUCCUUUGGGAGCAAACUCUAAAGACAAUAUAGAAGAGUUUACUGGUGACAUAUUUGAGAAUAUCUGCAUGAUCUCAGGCAGUCAUGCCUCAACUUUAGAUAGAUUAUAUGCAUGGGAGAGGAAACUCUAUGAUGAAGUCAAGGCUAGUGGGAUGGUCAGAAGGGACUAUGAUAUGAAAUGUAAGAUUUUAAGGCAGCUAGAAUCACAUGGAGAAAGUUCUCAUAGAAUUGAUAAAACACGUGCUGUUGUCAAGGAUCUGCAUUCAAGAAUAAGAGUUGCUAUUCAUAGAAUUGACUCUAUCUCAAAGAGGAUUGAGGAUUUACGGGACAAAGAACUCCAGCCUCAACUUGAGGAGUUAAUUGAAGGGUUAAGUCGGAUGUGGGAUGUGAUGUUUGAAUGCCACAAGCUUCAGUUUGAAAUUAUCAAAAUAGCAUACACCAAUGGAAACACGAAAAUCUAUUUGCAGUCAGAAUCACGUCGACAGAUUACUGCCCAUCUUGAAAAUGAACUUAGCACUUUAUCAUCAAGUUUCAACAAGUGGAUUGGUGCUCAAAAGUUCUAUAUUCAGGCAAUAAAUGGUUGGCUUUUAAAAUGCGUCUCUAUUCCACAAGGGUCUACCAAGAGAAAAAGAAGACCACAAGUUCAGUCAUGGAGAAAUUUAGGUCCCCCAAUAUAUGUCACCUGUGGUGUAUGGUUGGAAAAGCUUGAGCCAUUACACGGCAAGGAGUUAGUAGAUUCUAUAAAGAGUUUGGCUGCUGAAACUGCAUGCUUUUUACCACGUCAGGAAAAGAAAGAGGGGAAGAGCGCACCAUGGAAGGCUGAUAAUAAUAGUGACUCAGCAGUUAAUAUGUUGAGGGAUGAAGUUUCAGAAGACUUCAUUUCUGGUUUCGAUCAUUUCCAAUCAAGCUUGGAGGGAUUUUUUCGGCAGUUAGAAAAAUAUGCACACUCUUCUGUUGAGAUGUAUGCAGCACUUAAUAAGGCCAUCCAAGAUGCCAAGGGUAGCUAUGUCAAGUCUCAACCAUAUUAAAGUUAUUCCACUGGGAAGAUAGAUUUGAUACAGAGCAGAGGGUUCAUUGCAUGGAAAUUCUGCUUUUUGCAUAUAUAGAGCACAAACUAAUCUCACAUGCAAGGACAACAGAAGCUGGAAUUUGUAUAUGAGAGAAGAAUAAAAGAAACUGGUUCCAAGUUUUAUAUUAAAUUUAAGGAGAAAAUAAAAAGGAGGUGAUGAGAAUCAUGUAAAAGUUGGAGGUGUUAAAAAUGGGGGGUGUGAAUUUGUUGUAGAUUAUUACAAGGGCGGAUGGAGUGUUAUGCUAAAUGAGGAAUACCUGUACAGUGGUUUUUUGGGUAACUAUUUAUAGGAACUCAGAUAAAGGACUCCACAUUUUGCUUUAAAAUGUCCAUAACUUGAAAUGCAUUCAAAUGUUGUAAACGUUUUGUCUCCCUUUCUUUCCCCCACAACAUUUGUGUUUUUGUGAAGUCUGAUGCACAUGUCUAUUUUGCCAGUUAUACCCACAUCAAUAAUUAUCAGCUAAUGUGAUAUAUUUUUUUA